CAGCGCCACAGUCACAUCCUCCACAUUGUGUUGAGCUUCACACAGCUGUCUCAGCCUCCAGCCUGAAGGAGAACCCACAUCUUCUCGAGAACAUGGACUUCAACGGAACAUGGCAGGUGUACGCCCAGGAGAACUACGAGGAGUUCCUCAAGGCCAUGGAACUCCCAGAGCACGUCAUCAAGAUGGCCAAGGACAUCAAGCCCAUCACUGAGAUCCAGCAGAAAGGUAAUGACUUUGUCGUCACCUCCAAGACACCUGGACAGACUGUGACCAACUCCUUUACCAUUGGGAAGGAGGCUGAUAUCACCACCAUGGACGGCAAGAAGCUCAAGUGCAUUGUCAAUCUGGAGGAUGGCAAACUGGUCUGCAACACUGGCAAGUUCUGCCACAUCCAAGAGAUCAAGGGAGGAGAGAUGGUAGAGACCUUGACCAUGGGCUCAACAACUCUCAUCAGGAGGAGCAAAAAGAUGUAAAUGUGUCAGUGAAGAAACCAAUUUAUAUUUAAAUGAAUAAAAACGUGCUUCUUAAGUGUGGUUUUUGCACCAUCUUUGAUGAGCAAAUGAC